AUGGCGACGGACGCAGACAAGUUCCUGUACGUGGACCGCAACAUGGUCAACAACCCUCUGGCCCAGGCAGACUGGGCCACCAAGAAGCUGGUGUGGGUGCCGUCGGAGCGGCUGGGCUUCGAGGUGGGAUCUCUGAAGGAGGAGCGCGGUGAAGAGUGCCUGGUGGAGCUGGCAGACUCUGGCAAGAAGGUGAAAAUCAACAAGGACGACAUCCAGAAGAUGAACCCACCCAAGUUCAGCAAGGUGGAAGACAUGGCUGAGCUCACCUGCCUGAACGAGGCCUCAGUGCUGCACAACCUCAAGGAGAGAUAUUACUCUGGCCUCAUCUACGUGAGUAUUUUACACCAGGCACACACUGAGCUGAAGGACACAGCUGAAAAUCAUUGUCUUUUUUUUUUUAGAUGUUAUCCAAGGUCUUGCUUAAUGGUGGUUACGAAAGCACUGUUCGCUCAUAUCACAACUUGGCUUGGUUCCAAACCAGGUAGUCCUUCUAUCCAGCCUCAUUACCCCAUUAAGCCCAUUGUUUCAGAUGACCCAUUGUGUGCAGGUUGUCAGCCCAAACAAAAGGCUGGAAUCUGUUUACCAAGCUUUAAAAAAAUAAAAUCAGAACUAGUAUGUUCAGUCCUCCCUUUCUGGCUCCCUUCCCUCUCUUACUCUCUCCCUCUGUGUUUGCAGUGCUGCUGUAAACAGGAAUCAGCAGGGAACAAUACUCUCCUGAGGGGGGGGCGGGGCGGGGAGAGUAAAGCUGUUCAGAGUUGAGUUUCAGGCGGAGCUGGAAAUGAAAUGGAUAUGGAAUGUAAAUCGCGCUCCAAUUGUUAUUGUUCCCCCAUAAUGCCACUUAUGCCUCUGUCCACAACUGGGAGUGACUUGGUGCCUGCUACACUGGGCUUUGACCCGGACAAGUCAACACACCCUGGCCCUCUUGGGGUUCGGGUAUUGCUGUGUUGCGCACAACUGGACCAGGUACCCUUCAGAAAAGCCCCUCUCCUGGGAGAGGCAGAGACAACUACCAGACCAGAAGCAAGGGCACAGAGCAAUGGGGAGGGGAGUGCAGGAAUGUAGCUGAGAGGGAAGGAGACAGAAAUAUGGAGGGCGGAUUAACAUAAAUGAAGUGGGGAGGAGAGAUGCUCCAGAUGCCCAUACCAAGAUGAGGGGUAUAUGGAAGGGGACAGAGGGGGGUGGGGUGACAUCACCUCGGAUAAUGUCACUGUUUGGUAGAAGGUCUUGGUGAUUGUGAAACAUGACUGAUCUAACCCAGACUCUAGCUGUAGUCAGGGAGGGGGAUUGGGAUAUAAAGUAUGGAGCUGGUGUUGACGAGAGACUUGGAGAGGGUUAGAUUCAGAAGAUAAUGUUCACUAUGAUUUCCCCAUUCACAGCGUAUGUGUUCUCUCCUGAAACAUCUGUCCACUCUAGUUCUCGGCUGUAGACCAUAAGAGGGUCAUAUAAUAUGCAGUCAGUUGAAACUAUUACAUUGGCAGUGCAUCUACUGCAAUCUCUCACUGAUAUAGACAUUGGAAUUUUGUGUUCUUUGUUCAGGCCAUGGAUAGAAGAGAUGCUCAGUAGUUAAUAUUAAUAAGCAUUUCUCUUUGUAUCACAGACAUACUCCGGCCUCUUCUGUGUGGUUAUAAACCCCUAUAAGAAUCUGCCCAUCUACUCAGAAGAGAUUGUGGAUAUGUACAAGGGCAAGAAGAGGCAUGAAAUGCCCCCCCAUAUAUACGCCAUCACUGACACGGCCUACAGGAGCAUGAUGCAGGGUAAGUGGAGACCCUUGUUAUACCACAACAUCGUAAGUAACCAAAUGUGUUCAGAUGAGACUGAGUAAAAGGGUUAUUGGUAGUAUUUUAACAUCCAUGUUUAGUAAGAUAAUUUGUCUAUAAGAUAUGCAUCGGUUUAGACUCCUACAGGCAGACUUAGCUCUGAAAGUUUGCAUUUAACUAGUGAAGCAUUGGCCUCAAUUUCUGAGGGCUCCUGCCUUCCUUAACCAAGGAAAGGCCAUUAGUCAGUCUAAGGGGAUGUAGGCUACCUACAGUACAUUCUCAGUACUCUCUUUCCCAGACCCAUUAUCUUGAUGUACCGUUGGGCAUUGUCAGGCUGUCCAUUCACUCCCUCUUGUCUUGUUAGUCCAUUGUUGGCCCCCAUUGAAGUAAAGGGAAUCAUUUAACUCUAGGAGAGAGGGAGGGAGUUACCGCGCAGUAUGUGCAGGGGGAUAGUUAAUUGGCUUGUUGGUUAAAAGGCAGCACCCUUUCCAGUCACAGGAAACCGGAUAUUGAUUUCCUGUGUGACCAAUGCACUUCCUGUUUCAGAGAGACAAAUGUGGUGCAUGUGCUGUAGAAUUCACAUUUUAUAUAAAUCCAGCUGGCAACAACAUACUUCUGUUAUUCUGACAAUGGAACUGUGAAGUUCCUCUGCACAACAAGCACCCAUGAUAGGCUGCAAAUAAUAACAGAAACUAUUCUGUCACUAUUGAAUUCAAACGUCCUAAUAAUAAUAAUAAUAAAAUAAAAAAUAAUAUGCCAUUUAGCAGACGCUUUUAUCCAAAGCGACUUACAGUCAUGCGUGCAUACAUUUUUGUGUAUGGGUGGUCCCGGGGAUCGAACCCACUACCCUGGCGUUAAAAGCGCUGUGCUCUACCAGCUACAGAGGACCACAAUGUUAUUCAAUCCAAACUUAAUGCAUGUAAUAUGUACCUUUUUUAAAACCAUGGCUCCACCUCUUUUCACAGACCGUGAAGACCAGUCCAUUCUUUGCACGUGAGUCUUGAGCACAAAACCCUAUGAACAGCAAAUCUUUGUCUCUCAACAUGACCUUGAAAUAUCUUGGUUUUAGUUGUGAUGUUGCUGACAACUGAUUGACUUCCUUGUUACUUUUUUGGUUCUGUCUUUCUCUCCUCUUUCUCCUUUUCUCUUCCACAGAGGAGAGUCUGGUGCUGGGAAGACAGAGAACACCAAGAAGGUCAUUCAGUAUCUGGCCCAUGUGGCCUCUUCCCACAAGACCAAGAAAGACCAGGUCAGUCAGUCAGUCCUCUACCUUCUAACCUUACCUCAACUACUUUACUAUUCUCUCUCCUAAUUCCCUCUGAUGUUCACCCUCUCCUCUGAUGUUCACCCUCUCCUCUGCUCUUCACCCUCUCCUCUCUUUCCUAUACCUGUUUUCUUUCUCACUCUCCCUCACUCUCUGAAGUGGGCCUGGUUUCCUAUGGUCCUUUAUCAGCUCGGAACCAGGCUUUUCCGAGUCAUCAGUGCUCAACUACUUGUACUGUGAUUGUGUGUGAGAAUAGUGGUGCCAGUAAUACUUAACAUUACAUACUUGUCAAGCCAUCACCAUAUUGUUCCAAGUCUUGGAUAGGUGCGUUUUCUACAUCAGUCACACCGCUCUAUGCUACCAGAGCCAUAGAGUACCACUAAAUAAGGGUUGGCCAGUCCUGGUUCUUGAAGACUGACAGUAGCACAGCACUGCAGGCUGUAGAUUAAACUCCCUUGGUAGCCGGUUCAUAGUGUGAUAUCUAAACCACAGUGGACUGACGUCAUUAUUCCUAUUGUUGACAUUUCUCCUCCAGCAGCUGAGCUCUAUAAAGCCAUGAGACAAAGUAAAACCCUGCAGUGCUGUAGUUGGCCACCCCUGUGAUAGAUGCAGCUGUAACUACAGGGUUCAAGAGAGGCUCAGUCUUUUCUGAAAGCAGACCAGUAUCCGUAUCUAUCAUUCCUUUUGAGGUUGUGUAUUUCUCUUUUCCCAUCAACAGACCAGCUCGUUCCUGUCACAUGUGAGUUACCCUCUCCCUUCACCCCCCACCACCCCCUUCCUUCCUCUCCCAUCACAUCUCUGGAUCUCCUCCUCCACACCCUUCCUCCCUCUCCCUGGCUCUUGCGCUGUCUCUCUCCCUCCUCCCCCGUGCUGCUGGAGCGUGCUCUGUGGUGGGCUAGUGGGUCACUUGGAAGUGUAGGUCACAUGACCAGUGUUGGUCAAGAGGAAGAAGGAAUGUUCAUUAUUAAAGGGGAAAUUGCCAUUUUGAAUUCAGCCAGACAAAACUAAGAGCACAUCCCUUUUGUAUUGUUGAUUUGAUCUUCUUUAAAUACUAAGUUCAAAUGUAUUUAAUGAGUAACCAACUCUGCAGUUUAACAAGUCUGGCUGAAUUUUGCAUAACGCUGUUGAUCCUUUGUUUUGCCCCUGGUGGUUCCAGAAGUGUGCUUGAUGUGUUUACCUGUGUGUGAGACUCCAUGUCUGCUUGCUGUGUGUGUUCCAGUGUGUCUGUUUAGAGAUCUGGUCAAUGUUCUCUCACAGUUCCCCCUCCAUUUUUCACUCUUUGUCCACACCAUUUUAAAGAUCUCUGGACAAACUCAUUGAGUUGCUGUGUGCAUUGUGAUGCCAGUGGAGUAAACUGUGAUUGUAUACCUCUGUGUGAGUGAGUUCACUGGGGAUGCUUCAUACCAGUCAACAGAUCCAUUAUUCCCUUCUCCUUAUUACCGCAUUACCGGUUAAGCAAGCUCCUCAGAUUGAUAACAUUGACAACGCCCCUGCUAUAGCAGCUACAUUUUAAAAAAUUUUAGUCAUUUAGCAGACAUACUUAUCCAGAGUGACUUACAGGAGCAAUUAGGGUUAAGUGCCUUGCUCAUGGGCACAUUGACAGAUUUUACACGUAGUUGGCUUGGGGAUUCGAACCAGUGACCUUUCGGUUACUGGCCAAACUCUCUUAACUGCUAGGCUAUGUAAGAAUAUGAGUGUGAGUCUGUAUUUGUAUUGAGUGGGCUCCAAGCUCCUCACAUUAAGAAUGUUGACGAAGCCGGCUCUUUAGGGCAUCAGUAGGCUUUCCUGUCUACGUAUAGAUCCUUUAAAAAUGAAAAUACACUGUAGUAUUACUAGUGGCAUUUUAGAUGGAUUCAUGUGCAUGGAUCCACCUGUACAACAACAGUCUGAAGUAGAGCUCAGUGUGAACUAUGUGCAGGUUUAGGGCUGUAGGGUUUUUGUAUAGUUACCAAUGUCCGUGUAGUGAAUCUUGACAGUCAGUUCUCUGCAUGGGGUCUGGGGGUUACUCUGCUAUGGGUGAAAGGUGACGGGUUACUGAUGAGGGCCACAGGGUCGUCCAUUGGGUGUCAAGGUGUGGGUACUAACACUGCGCUGUGUGUGGGGAAUUGUGUACUUGUGUAAGUGUUCCCGUGUGUGUGUGAGAUAUUCAAUGGUCUGCAUGCAGUUUGUUUUAUUUUCUCCAUAAGUAAGGUAGGCAGUUGGCAAAUGUGUGAUUUAUCUUACGACUCAUGAUUCAAUUAUGGACUUGGGCGUAAAAAGGGAACAUCCAAAUACAAAUCAAAUGUUUAAACAACUUAAAUCCUCCCAAUGAAGUGAUACUAGAGUAAAUUAAAGGCAGAUGACUGUAUUUCUCACAAUGCACGACUAUGAAUUAUCCAUCGGAAUCACCAAAGGUAUUCACAGUUUGAUCCCACUGCUGAGAAAGGACAAAUGGCAUGUUCUGUUAGGGUGUCACUAUAGAAUUUGCACUUAUCUAGAUAAGUCCUUAUAUGGAUGUGGUGAUUUUAAAGGAUCCAAUGGGAUAAAGUCAUUGGUUGAUGGAGGGGUUCUGUGUUUGUCCACUAGGGCGAGCUGGAGAAGCAGCUGCUGCAAGCUAACCCCAUCCUGGAGGCCUUUGGAAACGGCCAAGACUGUCAAGAACGACAACUCCUCCCGAUUCGUAAGACAUUUUAACAUCUCUUAGUGAUGCUUGUGUUUUGACUUCUAUUUAUUACUUUUUUCUGUUGGACAAUUAUUGCCUGCUUCCUUAGUCAUUCACUGUGUUCUCUCUCCCAGGGAAAAUUCAUCAGGAUCAACUUCGAUGUCAAUGGAUACAUCGUGGGUGCCAACAUUGAAACCUGUAUCCUUCAUACUAUGUUAACCACACUGAAAUUCACUCCCUCAUUUGAAAUAUACAAUGGUUUCUCUAUAGAUUCAACUGUAGUUUAACUCCAGACACCACUCGGUUAGUGUUUACGGUAAACUAGACAAUUAAGUCACACACACACACACUCGCCCCGGCCAGUAGAAGCUCAUAAUCCAUUCUGAGUGGCUCCUUGACUCCCUGACCUCCAGACCUGCUGGAGAAGUCCCGUGCCAUCCGCCAGGCCAAAGACGAGAGGACCUUCCAUGUCUUCUACUACAUGCUCACUGGGGCUGGAGACAAACUGCGCUGUAAGCCUCCUUCAUUAUCACCUUUAUCAAGUACAGGUAACUGUGUAUAUCAGAUCUAAUAACUCUGUGCUCCCCUCAGCCGAGCUGUGUCUGGAGGGCUACAACAACUACCGCUUCCUGGUAAAUGGAAACGUGACUAUCCCUGGCCAGCAGGACAAGGACCUGUUCACCGAGACCCUGGAGGCCUUUAGGAUCAUGGGCAUCCCAGACGACGAGCAGAUUGGUGAGUGGGAAGACUGGACGCACUACCCUCUCACAGGUUUAUUUUGGGGGGGUGUGUGACUCUAACCUCUGGUUGUUCUCUAAUGCAGGUCUGCUGAAGGUGGUGUCUUCCGUGCUCCAGCUGGGAAACAUGAGCUUUAAGAAGGAACGCCAUUCAGACCAGGCCUCCAUGCCUGAUGACACGGGUACAGCAAACCUUUAUGUGGGCUGGUCUUAUCCUAAAAGAGAUCAUAGUAUCUGUCAAUUGCACUCUACUGACCAUCAGACUAUACACCUUUCAGUCCACAAUAAUUAUUUUUGGUUUCAAAGUCUAGUUCCAUGCACUGCUGUAGGCAUCAAACUCUUAUUCCCUUGGGGAUCCCUCCCUCUCAACCCCAUCUCAUCUCUCCGUCCCCUGUCCCUCCCUGUCACAGCUGCUCAGAAGGUGUGCCACCUGAUGGGCAUGAGCGUGACAGACUUCACCCGUGCCAUCCUGUCCCCUCGUAUCAAGGUGGGCAGGGACUAUGUGCAGAAGGCCCAGACCCAGGAGCAGGCUGAGUUUGCGGUGGAGGCCCUGGCCAAGGCCACGUACGAGAGGAUGUUCCGCUGGCUGGUGAUGAGGAUCAACAAGGCCCUGGACAAGACCAAGAGACAGGGAGCCUCCUUCAUCGGCAUCCUGGACAUCGCUGGCUUUGAGAUCUUUGAGGUAAACUGGAGUGGGGGCAAAGACCAAAGGGAUUACAAUGUCUUGAGUAAGAACCAGUGUAUAUUUGUUGAAAGCGAUUUCCUCUCGUCUCUCUCUAUCUCCACUUACAGUUGAAGUCGGAACUUUACAUACACCUUAUCCAAAUACAUUUAAACUCAGUUUUUCACAAUUCCUGACAUUUAAUCCUAGUAAAAAAUUCCCUGUUUUAGGUCAGUUAGGAUCACCACUUUAUUUUUAAGAAUAUGAAAUGUCAGAAUAAUAGUAGAGAGAAUGAUUUAUUUCAGCUUUUAUUUCUUUCAUCACAUUCCCAGUGGGUCAGAAGUUUACAUACACUCAAUUAGUAUUUGGUAGCGUUGCCUUUAAAUUGUUUAACUUGGGUCAAACGUUUCGGGUAGCCUUUCACAAGCUUCCCACAAUAAGUUGGGUGAAUUUUGGCCCAUUCCUCCUGACAGAGCUAGUGUAACUGAGUCAGGUUUGUAGGCCUUGAAUUUUCUAUAGGAUUGAGGUCAGGGCUUUGUGAUGGCCACUCCAAUACCUUGACUUUGUUGUCCUUAAGCCAUUUUGCUACAACUUUGGAAGUAUGCUUGGGGUUAUUGUCCUUUUGGAAGACCCAUUUGCGACCAAGUUUUAACUUCCUGACUGAUGUCUUGAGAUGUUACUUCAAUAUCAUUUUCCUUCCUCAUGAUGCCAUCUAUUUUGUGAAGUGCACCAGUCCCUCCUGCAGCAAAGCACCCCCACAGCAUGAUGCUGCCACCCCCAUUCUUCACGGUUGGGAUGGUGUUCUUCGGCUUGCAAGCAUCCCCCUUUUUCCACCAAACAUAACAAUGUUCAUUAUGGCCAAACAGUUCCAUUUUUGUUUCAUCAGACCAGAGGACAUUUCUCCAAAAAGUACGAUCUUUGUCCCCAUGUGCAGUUGCAAACCGUAGUCUGGCUGUUUUAUGGCGGUUUUGGAGCAGUGGCUUCUUCCUUGCUGAGCGGCCUUUCAGUUUAUGUUGAUAUAGGACUCGUUUUACUGUGGAUAUAGAUACUUUUGUACCUGUUUCCUCCAGCAUCUUCACAAGGUCCUUUGCUGUUGUUCUGGGAUUGAUUUGCACUUUUCGCACCAAAGUACGUUCAUCUCUAGGAGACAGAAACGUGUCUCCUUCCUGAGCGGUAUGACUGCUGCGUGGUCCCAUGGUGUUUAUACUUGCGUACUAUUGUUUGUACAGAUGAACGUGGUACUUUCAGGUGUUUGGAAAUUGCUCCCAAGGAUGAACCAGACUUGUGGAGGUCUACAAUUCUUUUUCUGAGGUCUUGGCUGAUUUCUUUGGAUUUUCCCAUGAUGUCAAGCAAAGAGGCACUGAGUUUGAAGGUAGGCCUUGAAAUACAUCCACAGGUACACCUCCAAUUGACUCAAAUGAUGUCAAUUAGCCUAUCAGAAGCUUCUAAAGCCAUGACAUCAUUUUCUGGAAUUUUCCAAGCUGUUUAAAGGCACAGUCAACUUAGUGUAUGUAAACUUCUGACCCACUGGAAUUGUGAUACGGUGAAAUAAUCUGUCAGUAAACAAUUGUUGGAAAAAUUACUUGUGUCACGCACAAAGUAGAUGUCCUAACCGACUUGCCAAAACUAUAGUUUGUUAACAAGACAUUUGUGGAGUGGUUGAAAAACAAGUUUUAAUGACUCCAACCUAAUAGUAUCUAAACUUCUGACUUCAACUGUAUCUAGAAAGACAGAAUGGGGGUGGAUGCCUACAGGGAAUAUGUUUUCACCUGUCUAGUUCUUUCACAUCACUGCAGAUUUAGGGAACGGGGACAAAUAAAGAGAAACACUUAAGCCUCUUAGUUUUUGGUCAUGAUGAUGAAUGCACUUUCUGACUAUUUCUCUUUCUCCUCUAGCUGAACUCGUUUGAGCAGCUGUGCAUCAACUACACCAACGAGAAGCUGCAGCAGCUGUUCAACCACACCAUGUUUAUCCUGGAGCAGGAGGAGUACCAGAGGGAGGGCAUCGAGUGGAGCUUCAUCGACUUCGGCCUGGACCUGCAGCCCUGCAUCGACCUCAUUGAGAAGCCUGUGAGUCUACCCCUUUGUAUCUCCCUACCUUUCAUCAUGUACUGAAUACUCCCUUUCUCACUCCACCCUUUCCUGUACAGUGAGGGAAAAAAGUAUUUGAUCCCCACAACAACAAAAAACAGAAAAACGCAUGUCAAAAACGUUAUAAAUUGAUUUGCAUUUUAAUGAGGGAAAUAAGUAUUUGACCCCUAUGCAAAACAUGACUUAGUACUUGGUGGAAAAACCCUUGUUGGCAAUCACAGAGGUCAGACGUUUCUUGUAAUUGGCCACCAGGUUUGCACACAUCUCAGGAGGGAUUCUGUCCCACUCCUCUUUGCAGAUCUUCUCCAAGUCAUUAAGGUUUCGAGGCUGAUGUUUGGCAACUCGAACCUUCAGCUCCCUCCACAGAUUUUCUAUGGGAUUAAGGUCUGGAGACUGGCUAGGCCACUCCAGGCCUAAAUGUGCUUCUUCUUGAGCCAUUAUUUUGUUGCCUUGGCCGUGUGUUUUGGGUCAUUGUCAUGCUGGAAUACCCAUCCACAACCCAUUUUCAAUGCCCUGUCUGAGGGAAGGAGGUUCUCACCCAAGAUUUGACGGUACAUGGCCCCGUCCAUCGACCCUUUGAUGCGGUGAAGUUGUCCUGUCCCCUUAGCAGAAAAACACCCCCAAAGCAUAAUGUUUCCACCUCUAUGUUUGACGGUGGGGAUGGUGUUCUUGGGGUCAUAGGCAGCAUUCCUCCUCCUCCAAACACGGCGAGUUGAGUUGAUGCCAAAGAGCUCGAUUUUGGUCUCAUCUGACCACAACACUUUCACCCAGUUCUCCUCUGAAUCAUUCAGAUGUUCAUUGGCAAACUUCAGACGGGCCUGUAUAUGUGCUUUCUUGAGCAGGGGGACCUUGCGGGCGCUGCAGGAUUUCAGUCCUUCACGGCGUAGUGUGUUACCAAUUGUUUUCUUGGUGACUAUGGUCCCAGCUGCCUUGAGAUCAUUGACAAGAUCCUCCCGUGUAGUUCUGGGCUGAUUCCUCACCGUUCUCAUGAUCAUUGCAACUCCACGAGGUGAGAUCUUGCAUGGAGCCCCAGGCCGAGGGAAAUUGACAGUUAUUUUGUGUUUCUUCCAUUUGCAAAAAUCGCACCAACUGUUGUCACCUUCUCACCAAGCUGCUUGGCGAUGGUCUUGUAGCCCAUUCCAGCCUUGUGUAGGUCUACAAUCUUGUCCCUGACAUCCUUGGAGAGCUCUUUGGUCUUGGCCAUGGUGGAGAGUUUGGAAUUUGAUUGAUUGCUUCUGUGGACAGGUGUCUUUUAUACAGGUAACGAGCUGAGAUUAGGAGCACACUCUUAAAGGGAGUGCUCCUAAUCUCAGUUUGUUACCUGUAUAAAAGACACCUGGGAGCCAGACAUCUUUCUGAUUGAGAGGGGGUCAAAUACUUAUUUCCCUCAUUUAAAAUGCAAAUCAAUUUAUAACAUUUUUGACAUGCAUUUUUCUGGAUUUUGUUGUUGUUAUUCUGUCUCUCACUGUUCAAAUAAACCUACCAUUAAAAUGAUAGACUGAUCAUGUCUUUGUCAGUGGGCAAACGUACAACAUCAGCAGGGGAUCAAAUACUUUUUUCCCUCACUGUAUAUACCUCCCUGUUAACCUCUCACUUCCUGCAGUCCCAUCCCUUUUCUCCAAUCCUCUCACAUAUCUCUCUCCCCCUCCCUCCAUCUCUUUCAGUUCAGUCCCAUGCUAUGCUGCAGCUCCAGGCUCCCUGGUCUCUCUGUAAGCCCUGUUCUCUGCUCUCCCUCAGGCUAGCCCCCCUGGUAUCCUGGCCCUUUUGGAUGAGGAGUGCUGGUUCCCCAAAGCCACUGACAAGAGUUUUGUGGAGAAGGUCCUGCAGGAGCAGGGCACCCACUCCAAGUUCCACAAGCCCAAGAAACUGAAGGAUGAGGCCGACUUCUGCAUCAUUCACUACGCUGGGAAGGUAAACAGACCAGUAAUGAAGACUAAGUUUAGACUCUGCUUAAUCUGUGUGCCCUGGGACAUCAUGUCCCAUGCAAACCUUGUGUAAUACUAAUGUCUAUAUGGUGUUCCGUCUCCUCAGGUGGACUACAAGGCUGACGAGUGGCUGAUGAAGAACAUGGAUCCUCUGAACGACAACGUGGCCACGCUGCUCAACCAGUCCACUGACAAGUUUGUGUCUGAACUGUGGAAGGACGGUGAGUGCAGCCAAUGAUGGUUACCAACCAGUAAGAACAACAGACUUAAGUGGAUGAACCUUCAUGCUGGGAAUUGCUGAUAUGUUUUCAGUAAAGGGUCUCUUCCUGUCUCAUAUCUACUUUUCUCUCUCGUCUCGUAUCCGAUGUCUGGUGUCUGGACCUUUGUUCUUACCCGUUCACUCUGUUUUGGAUUCUAUCCAUCUGCUCCUCUGUAUGGCCCAUUUUCGUUUGUUCUCCCUCCCUCUCUUACUGGGUCUCAGAGGUACAGAGGUCUCAGAGAGCCUAUUUUUAUCAGCGUUUUCCUUUUCUACACUCAGAUUCAGGUGACCGUUUUUUCUUUUUCAUCAUUUCAGUCUCCUUUAUUUACUCCUGUUCUGCUCAUCCUUCUGUUGUUACACGAAUAUGAACCUUUUUCUCAUCUCAGCAUCAACUUUUGCCUAUGUUUUUUAACCUGUUUGCUCAUACCCCGUUUCCCCUGUGGAUCAAUGUUGAUUUAUCAGAUGUAUUUUUACAAGGGGAUGUAAUGACCGUUCCCCCCCAGCUCUGUGUGCAGUGAGAUCUACCACUUGUUGCUCUUUCAUUGGACUCUCCCUCUCUCCCUCUGUGUAAUAGUGUGGUUUGGGACCCCUGGUGUUGCUCAUGGGUACUGCAGCAAUGGGUAUAUACUGCAUGGGUUUGGUUCCGUCGUCACCAAUAAAAACAUGCCUACAAAUGCACAGUUUGUCACCAAACAUUGAUUUCCAAAUAGUAUGUAGGUUCGCACCACACAUUUGACGUAUUAAGAUGGUCACAUAGUGGAAGCAGUUACACACACACACACACACACACACACACACACACCCUUCACUCACUGCAUCGAGUUGCGUCUCGUUCUAGUGUGAUUCCCUCUCCUCCCCCCACGCUUCACUGGCAUUUUGUGACCCCUCUCCUCUCAUUCCCCAAAUCCCCCUUCCUACUGUAUUUGUCCUCCUCUGCAUUCACCCAGUGUUGCGGUGUCACUGGUUUUGAACCAGUCAGUCAUCUCUCUCUCUCCAUCCCCCAUGGAGAGAUGGGAUCCCCCCCACCUCCAUUAUACUCUGCUUCAUGUGUUUUAUGUUGUGGUUUGUUUUCACUGUGUGGUGUUUGCCUGGUUAGAUUUUCCCAAAUGUGCAAGCCUGUCUGGUCUCACUUCACCCUCUCCUCUCCUCUUGUUCUUCUCUCCGUCUUCCCCCUCUCAGUGGAUCGUAUCGUGGGCCUGGAUAAGGUUGCAGGGAUGUCUGAGAUGCCUGGUGCCUUUAAGACCCGUAAGGGCAUGUUCCGGACGGUGGGCCAGCUUUACAAGGAGCAGCUGUCCAAGCUCAUGGCCACUCUGAGGAACACCAACCCCAACUUCGUCCGCUGCAUCAUCCCCAACCACGAGAAGAAGGUACCAGUCGAUCCACCUCCACCAGUGAAAACAUCCAAACAAUAGUUUCUCUCAAGAUGCCCUCCAAACACAGUAGGCAACAGAGGCACCCAGAACGUAUGCUAGUGGUGUUAUCUUGGCAGCUGUUUAUUUACGCAUCUAAACAGGUUCCCUUUCUUCCCUCCCUAUAGGCUGGUAAGCUAGACCCCCACCUGGUUCUGGACCAGCUGAGGUGUAAUGGUGUUCUGGAGGGGAUCCGUAUCUGCAGACAGGGCUUCCCCAACCGUAUCGUCUUCCAGGAGUUCAGACAAAGGUACCGUAAACGCUCCCAUUGUGGCUGCAUACGAAUGUCUUUUCACCAGUUCCCCAACUUAACCUCAUUAUUGUUGCAUCAUGCUGUGUAUGUUGCUUCUGGUGAGUUGAGUCCAACUCUGAUGAUCCCCUGCAUGUGCCUUUGUCUCUCUCUAAGGUACGAGAUCCUCACUCCCAACUCCAUCCCCAAGGGCUUCAUGGAUGGCAAACAGGCUUGUGUGCUCAUGGUAAGAGAGAAGGGCAUUAUUCUCUUGUUCUAGAACAUUCUCACUCAUUCAGAAUGAAACAGAACGAAGAGAUGAAUAUUGUCACAGUUGAACUGAUUGUAUACCUCACCCUCCUGUCAGAUCAAAAGCCUGGAGCUGGAUCCCAACCUGUUCAGGAUUGGUCAGAGUAAGGUGUUCUUCAGGGCUGGAGUGCUAGCUCACCUGGAGGAGGAGAGGGACAUGAAGAUCACUGACGUCAUCAUCAGCUUCCAGGCCUGGUGCAGAGGCUACGUGGCCCGCAGGUAAGGAGACCCCCUGACUCCAACGGUCUUAUCAUAUGGCUGCAGUGAAAAAGUUUUGAUUUAAUGUCUUAUAACUGUAUUUAGAAGAUAUGUAAGUGUUUCUCUCUCUCUCUCUCUCGCUCUGCAGGGCCUUUGCCAGGAGACAGCAGCAGCUGACCGCCAUGAAGGUGAUCCAGAGGAACUGUUCUGCCUACCUCAAACUCAGGAACUGGCAGUGGUGGAGACUCUUCACCAAGGUACACACUGUACUUAUGCUACUGUUGUUCCUUUACCAUGGUACUGGACUCAGCCGAACCCCCUGGGAAUACUGGGGUACAAUAGCCUUUCUAUUCUCCUCUUAACUGUCCCUCUCCCUUCGUCCCCCAGGUGAAGCCCCUGCUGCAGGUGAGCAGGCAGGAGGAGGAGAUGCAGGCCAAGGACGAUGAGCUGACCAAGGUGAAGGAGAGGCAGGAGCAUGCUGAGAUGCAGCUGCAGGAGAUGGAGGUCAAACAGCACCAGGUAAGAUGAGGCCCUCCAUCACUGGAGCAGCCCAAAAGUAACAUGUUGAUCAUUUAUAAUAAAACAAUAGUUUGCGCAACCUAACUUGAAACGGCAUUGAUGAACCCUUAACACCAUAUUUUCUCUGUCUCCCCCAGUUGAGUGCCGAGAAGCAGGCCCUGCAGGAGCAGCUGCAGGCUGAGACAGAGCUGUGUGCCGAGGCGGAGGAGAUGAGAGCCCGUCUGGCCGCUAAGAAGCAGGAGCUAGAGGAGAUCCUUCAUGACCUGGAGGCCAGAGUGGAGGAGGAGGAGGAGAGAGCCACACAUCUGCAGACAGAGAAGAAGAAGAUGCAGCAGAACAUCACGGUGAGGGCACACACAAACCAACACACACUUUGUGGGCAGCAUGGCAGGUACACACUGUGCUAACUCUUUCUCCUCCUGUGUGUGUGUGUGUAGGACCUGGAGCAGCAGUUGGAUGAGGAGGAGGCUGCCAGGCAGAGGCUGCAACUGGAAAAGGUGACCACAGACUCCAAGCUGAAGAAGAUCGAGGAGGAUGUCAUGGUUCUUGAAGACCAGAACAACAAACUCAUGAAGGUCCGUAUCCAACCAUCAAUGGGCAGACAGGUGUAUGGAUACAGGUGUAUGGAUGGACGAGGGAUGGAUCUGUAUAAGUAAAAUGUAUAGAAUUGUGUUGUGAACUCCUGGUUGUGUUGUGGGUGUCCCACAGGAGAAAAAGCUAAUGGAGGAGCGUAUCUCUGAGUUCACCUCUAACCUGACUGAGGAGGAGGAGAAGUCCAAGAGCCUUCAGAAACUCAAGAACAAGCACGAGGCCAUGAUCACUGACCUGGAGGGUAGGUGGAGCACACGCACCAUGUUGACCAAGUUGCUCUUAUUUCCUCCUUAACUCUUCUUCUCCCUUAGACCGCCUGCGCAGGGAGGAGAAGGGCCGUCAGGAGCUGGAGAAGAACAGGCGUAAGCUGGAGGGAGACUCUACUGAUCUCCUUGACCAGAUAGCUGAGCUGCAGGCCCAGAUCGCUGAGCUCCGCGCCCAGCUGGCCAAGAAGGAGGAGGAGCUGCAGGCAGCCCUGGCCAGGUGGGAUCUCUACAAGAUCUCUGAAAUCACAUAUAAACAUACAUACGUAGUGGCUUUAGUGUGAUCACUCUGUAAAUUGUAUUUACAUGGCAUAAUGAAUGUUAUAACACCCUCCAUUUUCCCUCUCCUUCUCCCCUCAGGAUUGAGGAGGAGGCAGCCCAGAAGAACUUGGCCCAAAAGAAGAUCCGGGAAAUGGAAGCCCAGCUGUCUGAGCUGCAGGAGGACCUGGAGCUGGAGAGGGCCGCACGCACCAAGGCUGAGAAGAACCGCAGGGACCUGGGAGAGGAGCUGGAGGCCCUCAAGACUGAGCUGGAGGACACACUGGACUCCACUGCUGCCCAGCAGGAGCUCAGGUACUGACACCCAGAGGAGAUCAGUUACAUAGUCGGCCACUGUGUUUAAAUGAAACUGGUUUAUUGUGAAAUAAGAUGACACAUAAUGGAUGCCAUCAUGUUGACCUUCUAGAAAGAAAUGUUCAUGAGUUGAUGACAAUUCCUUGUUUCCCAGUAUUUAGCUUAGCACACAAUCUGACAAUGUCCUAUUCCCGCUUUCCUUCGUUUCUCUACUUCUGUCUGUCAGGACCAAGCGUGAGACUGAGGUGAACCAGCUGAAGAAGGUUCUAGAGGACGACGCCAAGGUCCACGAGCAGCAGGUGGUGGAGAUGAGACUGAAACACAGCCAGGCCUUCGAUGAGCUCAACGAGCAACUGGAGCAGGCCAAGAGAGUGGGUGAUAUACACGCAUACAUGCAUACAUGCAUGCAUGCAUGCAUACAGUGAGGGGAAAAAAGUAUUUGAUCCCCUGCUGAUUUUGUACGUUUGCCCACUGACAAAGAAAUGAUCAGUCUAUAAUUUUAAUGGUAGGUUUAUUUGAACAGUGAGAGACAGAAUAACAACAAAAUAAUCCAGAAAAACGCAUGUCAAAAAUGUUAUAAAUUGAUUUGCAUUUUAAUGAGGGAAAUAAGUAUUUUACCCCCUCUCAAUCAGAAAGAUUUCUGGCUCCCAGGUGUCUUUAUACAGGUAACGAGCUGAGAUUAGGAGCACACUCUUACAGGGAGUGCUCCUAAUCUCAGCUUGUUACCUGUAUAAAAGACACCUGUCCACAGAAGCAAUCAAUCAAUCAGAUUCCAAACUCUCACCAUGGCCAAACCAAAGAGCUCUCCAAGGAUGUCAGGGACAAGAUUGUAGACCUACACAAGGCUGGAAUGGGCUACAAGACCAUCGCCAAGCAGCUUGGUUAGAAGGUGACAACAGUUGGUGCGAUUAUUCGCAAAUGGAAGAAACACAAAAUAACUGUCAGUCUCCCUCGGCCUGGGGCUCCAUGCAAGAUCUCGCCUCGUGGAGUUGCAAUGAUCAUGAGAACGGUGAGGAAUCAGCCCAGAACUACACGGGAGGAUCUUGUCAAUGAUCUCAAGGCAGUUGGGACCAUAGUCACCAAGAAAACAAUUGGUUACACACUACACUGUGAAGGACUGAAAUCCUGCAGCGCCCGCACUGUCCCCCUGCUCAAGAAAGCACAUAUACAUGCCCGUCUGAAGUUUGCCAAUGAACAUCUGAAUGAUUCAGAGGAGAACUGGGUGAAAGUGUUAUGGUCAGAUGAGACCAAAAUGGAGCUCUUUGGCAUCAACUCAACUCGCCGUGUUUGGAGGAGGAGGAAUGCUGCCUAUGAGCCCAAGAACACCAUCCCCACCGUCAAACAUGGAGGUGGAAACAUUAUGCUUUGGGUGUGUUUUUCUGGUCAUGGGGAACCAUAGGAAACUCACCGUAUCAAAAGGGACGAUUGGACCAUGUACUAAUCUGGGGUUUCUCAGCAGGGGUGCAAAUAUUAGUUUCCCUCAAUAAAAAUGGCAAAACAAAGUUUAGAAACACAUUUUGUGCAUGCGUCUUCCGGACUUUUUGUUGUGGUGAAUUCGAGUUCCAACGCUCAAACUUUAAACUACAUUAAAAUUAAAGAGUGAUCAUCUCUGGAUUGUCCAGGUGGCCAAACGUAAGAAAGUCAGCAGUGGAUCAAAAGUUUUCCACCAGUACAUACAUGCAAUCAAUACUAAUCCCUCAAAUGCAAAUCAAUUUGUAACAUUUUGUACAUGCUUAUCUAUUCUUGUGUAUUCUGUCCCACUCUCCCCUAUAAGAACAGUUGUCAGUGGAAAGUACAACAGCAGGGGUCUUCCCCUCCCCUAACAGAACAAGGUGUCAGUGGAGAAGACCAAGCAGGCUCUGGAGAGUGAGCGUAACGAGCUGGCCAUCGAGCUGCAGAGCCUGAUGCAGGGGAAGGGAGACUCUGAGCACCGCAGGAAAAAGGCUGAGGGCCAGGUCCAGGAGCUACAAGUCAAACACGGAGAGAGCGAGCGCCAGAGGAUUGAGCUGGCUGAGAGAGUGGCCAAGAUGCAGGUACAGUACCAUUCAUCUCCUUUCAGGGACGAUUUGAAACAUGUGACCUGUACACUAGCUGUAAGGCCCAUAUUGAUGACUGUUUUGGUUAUUGUGUUCCUCCCAAGGCUGAGUUGGAGACUGUCAAUGGCUUGCUCAGUGAGGUGGAGGGUAAGUCCAUCAAAGCAUCCAAGGACUGCUCUGCUGUGGAGUCUCAGCUGCAGGAUGUACAGGUACAGCACUCCAUAGACUACAACAGAUCCAAGUAUUAAAUAAUGAACUAGUUUUGUCAUGGUUAUCUGUAAACGUUGCUAUAACCGGACUAUAACCGUGCCGGCCUUUCUCUUCUAACUACAGGAGCUGCUCCAGGAGGAGACUCGUCAGAAGCUGUCCAUGGGCACUCGUCUGCGUCAGCUGGAGGAUGAACAGAACACUCUGAGAGAACAGCUGGAGGAGGAGGAGGGGAGCAAGAGGAACGUGGAGAAGCAGCUGCUCACCGUGCAGGCUCAGGUAAACACACACACACUUACAGCAGCAUACACCUUAAAAUUGGAUUGACGCAAAUGUGCUAUUAGAUUUUGUUCAACACAUCACUAGAACCCAUAAACCACACCACAAUGUUUGAGUGACAGGCGGUGUCCCCCUAUAGCUGGCAGAGAUGAAGAAGAAGUCUGAGCAGGAGGCGGGCUGUCUGGAGAACGCGGAGGAGGGGAAGAAGAGGUUGCAGAGGGACCUGGAGGGGCUCAGCCAGCGAAUGGAGGAGAAGUGCAGUGCCUUUGAGAAACUGGACAAGACCAAGACUCGUCUGCAGCAGGAGCUGGACGACAUGGUGGUGGACCAGGACCACCUCAGACAGACCGUAACCAACCUGGAGAAGAAGCAGAAGAAGUUCGACCAGGUUAGUAGUAACACUAGCUAGGUUUCCAUCCAGUUGGUGACAGAUUUUCAUGCAAAUAUUGUAAGAUCUGCAUAAAAACAAUGUGUUUUCCCAGCAGAGAUGUUUCCAUCAAAUUGACUUGUUGCGGAUAAAAGGCUGUACGUGAUGACGUAGUGCACAUAAAAAGAACUAUUGCGGAUAAAUUCCAAUGUACCGAAUUUUUAAAAGUUACGUUAAAUGGGUUUCCAUCGAAUUUUCAACUCUACUGAUGGUUUUGUCAGAUUAUUAUUUUUUGCGUUCUAUAGCGAAUGUGCCCACUCUGGCCUUGAUACGUGCGCUUUAGCCAACAGCUCGCAGAUAGUGCAGGUGAACUACCUACAUACGGUUAUUAUGGACAGAAGAGCAAGGUUUUUAUUAGUUAAACGGCAGCCAAGCAUCGACCAUCAUGUCACCAGAGUAAGAGUAAGACCCUCAUUAUUUAUUGGAAAGGAGCAUCAAGCUCAUUACUGUGCACUUUCACCACCCUGUGACAUUCAUCAUAACGCAUUUCAUCUAACCUAAUAAACUGUAUGCUUUCCCGAGUCGUAGUGGGAGGACCUCACAUGUCUUCACGUUACUCCAAGUUUACUUCGAUAUGAUGGUUACUAUAUCAGUAUUUGUGCAUAAAGGCAUUUCCACCACCAUUUCUCGCAGAAUUAAUUUUAGACCCAAAAAGAUCCCACCUGUUUUGCUGUUUCCAUCAGGCCUGUCGUGACCUUUUUUUUUUUUUUACCAGACGUGUACUUUACUUGCAUUCAAAGGGUGUAGGAAACCUGGUUACUGUCCACAAUUUAAUUCACUCAAACUGGGGGGUAAAUUACUUGGAAGUGUUGAUUUUAUGAAAAUCCAUAACUAUUAGGGAAAAAUCUGGGUCUUGAAAUACAGUAUGUUGUAUGACAUUCCUCCAUUUUACUUAUAGAUGCUGGCUGAGGAGAAGACCAUCUCAUGCCGCUACGCUGAGGAAAGGGACAAGGCUGAGGCUGAGGCCAGGGAGAAGGAGACCCGGGCCCUGGCUCUGACCCGCGAGCUGGAGUCCCUCAUUGACAUGAAGGACGAGAUGGACCGCGCCAACAAGCUGCUCCGCGCUGAGAUGGAGGACCUGGUCUCCUCGAAGGAUGAUGUCGGCAAGAGUGUAAGACAGCCGAGUGUCAUUUGGGGGGGGGGGGGGGGGGGUGUUGAAUUGUUCAAUUAAAAUCCUUUGUUUUCAUACUGGUCCCAAAGUCCUGCUAUUUCUCAUCACAAUCUCCACUAUUUUCCUUCAGGUGCACGAGCUGGAGAAGUCCAAGCGUGGCAUGGAGCAGCAGCUGGAGGAGAUGAGGACUCAGCUGGAGGAGCUGGAGGACGAGCUGCAGGCCACGGAGGACGCCAAGCUGCGUCUGGAGGUCAACAUGCAGGCCAUGAAGGCCCAGUAUGAGAGAGACCUGGCAGGACGAGAUGAGAUGGGCGAGGAGAAGAAGAGACAGCUGAUCAAACAGGUACACUAGUAGCUACAGGCUUAACUUGGUAGGUAACGGUUCCUUACUGUGUGUUAUUUGUCCACUGCAUAAUGGGACAUGUAGUCCAGUGAUUGAAAGCUUGAAUCUCUCUGGUCCUCAGGUGCGUGAGAUGGAAUUGGAGUUGGAGGAUGAGCGGAAGCAGCGCUCUGUUGCCGUGGCAGCCCGUAAGAAGCUGGAGCUGGACCUGAAGGAGCUGGAGGCAGCAAUCGACAUGGCCAACAAGAACCGUGAUGAGGCCCUCAAACAGCUUAAGAAGCUUCAGGUAACAACCAAUUACAUUAUCACCAGCUUCUGACCUAUAGUAUGUUUUUAUACCAUGACCACAUUCUAUUCAAAUCAAGAUGCAUGCAGAUGGUGAGUAGUUUGCUAGAAAUAUAUGUUUUGAACCUCUCCCUCCUCUCCACCAGGCCCAGAUGAAGGAGCUGCUGAGGGAGCUGGAGGACACUCGUAUGUCCAGAGACGAGAUCAUGGCCCAGGCCAAGGAGAACGAGAAGAAGCUCAAGAGCAUGGAGGCCGACAUGAUCCAGAUGACAGAGGUCAGUCUGCACUGCUGCCCCUCACCUAACAUCUCACACUAGUCUGUCUCCUUUUAUUCUCACCUGACACCUCACCCUCCCAAACAGUAAAAAACCGACUUCUGUAACUAACUCUUUUUAUAAAUCCUACCGUGAGAAACUGUAUUUGCACAUAACUCAAACUUUUGCACAAAUCCUCCACAGUUAGUUAUGAGCGCUUAUCUCAAGUUAGGAUUUGGCCCUGUGUGUCUUCCAUUUUCAUGCCACUCCCACACACACUCUUUGGUUCCCCCCCCCUCAGGAGCUGGCUGCUGCAGAGCGGGUGAAGAGACAGGCCCAGCAGGAGAGAGACGAGCUGCAGGAUGAGAUCAACAACCAGGCCGCCAAGAAGUAGGAACCAUUUUCUACAUCUUUCAUAACCUACUGUUGUUUAUCUCUGCCUCUAAUGACCCAAAUGUCUAUCCCUCGCUCUCGUCUCUCCCUCCUUUCUUUCCCACUGUUCCUUUUUCUCUCAGCGGUCUGAUUGCGGAGGAAAAACGGAGACUGGAGGCUCGUAUCGCACAGCUGGAGGAGGAGCUGGAAGAGGAGCAGUGUAACACUGAGCUGGUCAACGAUAGGCUGAAGAGAACUCUGCUGCAGGUAGGACAGCCAAGGACGGCAGUUGACGUUCAUGCAGCAUGUGUACAGACGGGAUAGUUUACGUCUAAUGAUAAGGUGGGUCAGGCCAUAAGUACAGUUUAACCCCCUGUCUCUGUCAGACUGACCAGAUGACUGUAGAGAUGACGGCAGAGCGCAGUACCUCCCAGCGCCUGGAGGGGGCCCGCUCCCAGCUGGAGCGCCAGAACAAGGAGCUGAAGCUGAAGCUGCAGGAGCUGGAGGGAACCGUCAAGUCCAAGUACAAGGCCACUAUCGCUGCCCUGGAGGCCAAGAUCGCCCAGCUGGAGGAGCAGGUGGACAUCGAGACCAGGUGAGUGGGUCUGAGCCUGACCUUAGACCCCCUGAGGCUCUGCCAUCAGCAUCCUCAUUCAGAUAACCCACCUCUCCUGGGCUCUGCAUAAUUCUAAAUAUUAACUGAAAUUACAGCAUGGAUGAGAUCAGAUGGUGAAAAUCCCACAAGCCAUGGAGAAGUUAAGUAGAAGUUUCAGCCUGUCCAUGUGAUCCCAAAUGUUUCUUUCCACAGGGAGAGGCAGCAAGCGUCCAAGCUGGUGCGCCGCACAGAGAAGAAGCUAAAGGAGGUCGUCCUCGCGGUGGACGAUGAGAGACGCAACACAGAGCAGUACAAAGACCAGGUCAGGGCUCGGAUAUCUAGCUUAAACACAAGCCCAACAGCUUUACACCAGCCAACAUGAAGUCUCCUGUGUAACUCUAGUUUGUAUGAAUGAUUUAAUGGAUUACAUUUAUAUAAAGCGUUUCACUAGAUUCCAGUGUACUUUACAUUGUCUUGGAACCCCAAUCCACCACCUAUGUGUAGCAUUCACCUUGGUACUUGAAGCUAAUGCGUUGUGUGUGUGUGUGCACGCAGUCGGACAAGCUGAACUCUCGUAUGAAGCAGCUGAAGAGGCAGCUUGAGGAGUCUGAGGAGGAAGCCCAGAGAGCCAACGCCAACCGCAGGAAACUGCAGAGGGAGCUGGAGGACGCCACAGAGUCAGCCGACGCCAUGAACCGCGAGGUCAGCACCCUCAAGAGCAAGCUCAGGUACGUACACUCCUCCACUGCACAUCACCCAAACUGACUAAAUGCUGAAGCACUGUACUAGCACCCUACACAGCAUACUUGCGUUUACAAUGUAUGUUUCAAACACAUUCCCUCAUCUGCUACAUUACUGAUCAUAUGUCCUCAGAGGGCCUCCAUUUUGAUUUGUUGGCCCUCCAUGACUCUAUUCCAUGGUAUAUGUGUUGUGUCCCUGUCACGACCUCUCUGCCUUACUCACUGAUCCCUGCUGUCUCUGUUCCAGGCGUGGAGACCUCCCCUUCACCAUGCGCCGCAUUGUCAGCCGCGCAGGCAUUGAGAGCGACGAGGAGAGUGAGCCCAAGAGCGAGACCCCCGAGCCCAAGCCUGAAUGA